AUGAAGGAUAACGGUGUUGAUGAUGCUGGUCAAAAGCGACUAAGCAAGAAUGAUGCAUCAGAUUUUCUUAAUGCCGUAGAAAUUGCGUUUCAAGAUAAGAGUGAAAAGUAUAGUGAGUUUUUAAUGGGUGUCGGUGUUGAUGAUCGUCGGCUGAACGAUGCAUUAGCGUUUAUUAAGGAGGUAAAAGUUGCUUUUCAAGAUGAGAGGGAAAAAUAUGAUGAAUUUUUAAAAAUUUUGAAGGAUUUUGAGGCGGGAAGAACCGAUUCAAUUGGUGUUACGUCAAGAUUGAAGGAGCUAUUUGAAGAGCAUAUAGAUUUAAUUUUGGGAAUCAACAACUUCUUGCCAAAUGGAUAUGAAUUUAUCAUUACUAAUGAGUUGAUUGUUCAACUUAUUUCACGUAUGUAG